CUUGUCUAGAUACUCCCUUGUUUACUUGCUGAAAUCGUCGCCAUCUUUUCUCCGACGGACGGCAUCUUCCGUUAGAUCUCGUUGGUCGGCCCAGGCAUGUGUUCGACACUGCCGGGAAGCCGGAAACCUGCCAGUCACGAUAUGUGUAUAUAACUGGUGCCCAGUGAACGUCAUCUGCCUCGAUAUCAUGACACAUGAUCAGCCUCAUCAUCGGCCUCGUUCUUACUUGACCUCUUUUUCCCGCACUGACACUUCGUGCUAUCGAGGUCUCUACACAUAAACAUGAAGACUUCUCUGGGCCAGGCGCUGCUGGCUGUCGUCCUCGCUGCUAGCGGCGCGAGUGGCCUCAACGCCGAUGGUUGGCGCAGCCAGUCCAUAUAUCAGGUUCUCACCGACCGCUUCGCCCGCACAGAUGGCAGCACCACUGCUGGGUGCAACCUCGGGUCUUACUGUGGCGGCACAUACCGGGGCCUCAUCAACAAGCUCGACUACAUCCAGGGAAUGGGCUUCACUGCAGUCUGGAUCUCUCCCAUUGUCAAGAACAUUGCCGGCAACACACCCUAUGGUGACCCUUAUCAUGGCUAUUGGGCUCAGGAUAUCUGGUCUCUGAACAGCAAUUUCGGGAGCGAGGCAGAUCUGCAAGAUCUCUCAAAGGCUUUGCACGACCGCGGAAUGUACCUCAUGGUGGACGUGGUGACCAACCACAUGGCCUACAACGGGUGCCGCAACUGUGUCAACUACGGCAUCUACAACAGCGAGUUUGCCAGUAAGGAUCGCUUCCACCAGCCGCCAUGUGCCGUCGACUUCAACAGCAACACUCCUCAGCUCCUCACGUGCUGGUCCGGAGACGACAAGGUCUCCCUCCCCGAUCUCAAGACGGAGGACUCGUACGUCCGGUCCGUCUUCAACGACUGGAUCAAGAAGACCGUGGCAAAGUACAGCAUCGACGGCCUUCGUAUCGACAGUGCCAGAUCCGUGGAGAAGAGCUUCUUCCCGGGGUUCGGGCAGGCCGCAGGAGUCUACAUGGUUGGGGAGGUCUUUGACGGCAACCCGACUAACCUUGCGGCCUGGACGGGCUCCAUUGACGGAGUCCUGAACUACGCCGCCUACUACUGGAUCAGGCGUGCGUUCGCGUCGGACACAGCCACCGUCAACGAGCUCAUCAGCGAGGCCAACUCGUUCCGGAACCAGAUGGACACCUCGAAGCUGGGCACUUUCAUCGAGAACCACGACAACCCGCGCUACCCCACAGUCACGUCAGACUCAGGCCGCAUCAAGACGGCCAUUGCGUACACCAUCCUCAGCGACGGCAUCCCCAUCAUCUACCAGGGCCAGGAGCAAGGGUUCAGCGGCAAGGAAGACCCGGGCAACCGCGAGGCGCUCUGGCCCUCCGGGUACAACACGGCUUCCGACAACUACAACCUCAUCGCCAAGGUCAACCAGAUCCGCAACCAGGCGGUGUACGCCGACCGCACGGGGUACCUCAACUACCGCGCCACGGCCUUCAAGAUCAACGACUGGGCGCUGGGCCUGCGCAAGGGCCAGGCGGGCGCCCAGGUCGUCGGCGUCUUCAGCAACAUGGGCAACACGGGAACCGCCUACACGGUCACCCUCCAGGGCGCCGACACGGGCUUCACCAGCGGGCAGAAGGUCGUCGAGGUCAUGGGCUGCGGCGUCAUCACCGCCGACGGCGCCGGCAGCGUCGCCGUGCAGGUCACCGCCGGGCCGAGGGUCUUGUACCCGCACGCCAGGCUUGUUGGUAGCGGCAUCUGUGGUUUGUAAGGGGGGCUGGCUGCUUGCGUGCUUCUUCUUGUCUCUUUUCUUUUUGAUGACAAUGCGGAAGUCACCACGCCGCUCCCCCCGAUUUUGCAUAGACAGAGUCUCUCGUCGUCUUCUGAGCGGAUGCAUUUUUUACCAUCCAACUCGAAGUUGCGGGUGAUAUGAGAGCCGUAUAUACGCCGAAAUUCGGCUUCAGAGAGUCCAAAAACGGUCAUUGCGACAUUAUUGAGUACAUAGACAUUUCAACCCUUCGUUGUUCUAUACAUUUCUUUUAUAUUUCAUGUUGAUAGCUUUCUCAGAUCAGAACUUUUACAUUUUUUUGUCUCUUCGAAAUGAAAUAGACUGAACAUGUUUUCCAUCACACGGUGUUGUUGACGUUUUGGUUGAUCGAGUUCAAAAUACCUGCCCAGCCAUCUGCAUUCAAUUCUAUU